GACCAACGCUCCCACGAAUUAACAACCAGCGUUCACACGCCUAUAAAUACGUGACCUGCUUACGCAUCAGCUGGGCUUAGCUAUCUAGUGUGGCCGCCGCAUGCAAGAUCAUCAAAGUGCCAGGUGGGAGCUCGCGCGUGGAUCGAAAUGGUGAAGAACUACCCGAGCAGCAGCAGGUGCGACGGCGCUGCGGCGGCAGGGAGCGGUGCUGCCGCGGCAGCGUUGUGCGUCAGCGGGAGCAGGCUGCAGCCGGCGGCGGCGGUGAGCAGCAGGCAGUACAAGGGCGUGCGGAUGCGGAGCUGGGGGUCGUGGGUGUCGGAGAUCCGGGCGCCGCACCAGAAGCGCCGGAUCUGGCUCGGCUCCUACGCCACCCCGGAGGCCGCGGCACGCGCCUACGACGCCGCUCUCCUCUGCCUCAAGGGCUCCCACGCCGUCCUCAACUUCCCUUCCUCUUCCUCCUCAUCAUCGGAGUACUCGGUGGCCGACGACUUGUCCACGAGGUCCAUCCAGCGCGCGGCCGCCGCCGCUGCCGCGGCCUUCGAGGCCACCCGGGUCGUCGUCGAGGACAGCUGCUCUUCCUCCGGCGCCGAGGCGACGACAGUCACGACAGCCACCUCGGCGGCGUCGUCCACGCUGGGGAGCGCCGCCAACGUACGGCACGCGACGACGCCGUCGUCGUCGUCGUCUGCCGCGGCCAGCGAGAAUGGAUCCCCGGAUCAGGGAGACGAGGAGGACCGGCUGUGGACGGAGCUGGUGGACGGGUUCGUAUCGUCCCCCAAGCUCAUGGAUCUCGUCGCCGCGGGCCACGGCACGCCGUUCUCGUCGUCCAGCUGGGAUCAGGAGCCCGAGGAGGACGGCGAGAUGAUGAGGCUGUGGAGCUUCUGCUAGUGUUAGGGGUGUGAGUUGAAGUGGCAAUGGAUGGAUGGAUCAACAUUCUUCCGGCAUCCAUGCUUCCAUUUGAUCACUGAUUUGUUUUGGCAAAAAAAGCUAGGUGCAUGCAUGGAUCGAUCGAUCCGGCCUCUCCUAGGUCUCGAUCAGUCCAUGUCUGCUUCGAUAAAUUCUUUCGUUUCUUUAGAAACAUAAUUAAUUAAUACGUGUGUUUAUUUGGUGAGAAACUAGCUAUAGUGUACUGCAUGUACUGUGUGGGUUGAUGAGUGGAACCGAGAACAUUGGAUACUUUGUUGGAUU